AUGACCCAGGAUAUGGACACAUCUCUCUCGGCACAGAUCGCUGCUUUGGCCGAUAGCGCGCAGACUCGAGGCCUCGAUGAGCAAGCACGUUCAGAAGCACUCAAUGCUGCUCGGCGUUUGGUAGCUGCUUUGGAGUCACCCGUUGAGAGAAUUAUUCAGGAUGUAGUGAUGCACUCCCCAGCUUUGAUGGCUAUUCGUAUGGGUGUUCAGCUGGGAAUUUUUACUCAGAUCAGCCAAAAGCCAGAAGGCGGCGCUUCAUCUCCGGAGAUCGCAGAGAACUCCGGUGCAAGCUUGGUUCUUGUUGACCAGAUUACUCGGCUUCUCGCCGCGACGGGAUAUAUCAAGCAGGAUGGAGUACAACACUUCAAGCCCUCGUCUCUUACCAUGGUGAUGGCAGACCCAGUCAUGGAAGCAACCACUCGAGCCUGCUUUGAGAUCGGCAACCUUUGCACUUCCAAAGCACCAGAGUUCUUCCGCAAAAACAAUAAUCAAUUCCCUAGUUCUGCCAAGGACACGCCUUUCCAACUAGGAUUUAACACCGAUAUGAACUAUUUCGAGUGGCUGGGCCACAAUCCCGAUCUGGCCAAGGAUUUCCAGCAAUGGAUGACACUAAAGCAGAAGACUACCAUUAACUGGGUUGACUGGUUUGACAUUCAGCGAUCAAUCAUUGAUGGCUCCAGUGGCAAGCCUGAGGAUGUCCUUCUCGUUGAUGUUGGAGGUGGCGAAGGGCAUUAUCUACGGCAAUUCCGCGAGAAAUUCCCCGAGACACCUGGCCGUUUGAUCCUACAAGAUCUGCCGCAGGUAGUUUCGACCGUUGAGAAUCUCCCGGAAGGUAUAGAAUUGACGCCGCACGACUUUUUCACUCCUCAAACAGUCAAGGGCGCGCGGGCAUACUUCAUGCACUGGAUUCUUCAUGACUGGUCGGACGAGCACUGCCGAUCCAUCCUGGCUAAUAUUGUCGAUGCUAUGGAGCCUGGUUACUCUCGUCUGAUCAUCCACGAGUCCAUCCUCCCGGACCUCCACUGCGAUCUGCCGUCUGCUUGUCUGAGCGUUAUGAUGAUGGUCCAGGUUGCUGCGUUUGAGCGAUCUGAGAAACAAUGGAGGGAUCUUCUUGCGUCUGUGGGACUGACGAAAGUCACCUUCUACCAGCCUCCUGGAAGUGGCGAAGGUAUUGUUGAGGCUUUUAAAUGA